AUGAGCAGCAUCACUCUACCCCCACUACACACCUGGACCAGCUUAGCGUUUCCUGCACUUGCCAGCCCGAUCCUCUCGCUGUCCUUCAUCCUGGACGACAACCGUCCGCUGACUCCACCGGCCGCAGGCCGAUCAUACGGUUUGAUCCUGGAGCCGAAGCAACAUCCCGUGACCAAGGGACGCAAGCGUAAGCGUAAAAUGACACCAGCCGAGAAGCGCGCGGCACGCCAGUGUUGCAUUGAAGGCUGCUCCAACUACACCAUUGAUCGCGGCCUUUGUUUCCGGCAUGGCGGAGGCAAAUCCUGCUCCAUGCCUGGCUGCACUGCCAGCGCCAAGCAUCGCGGUCUCUGCUGGAAGCAUGGCGGCUCCACACUGUGCACGGUGGAAGGCUGCACCCGUGGAGCCAAGUCACGUGGUCUGUGCUGGUCACAUGGCGGUGGCAGCAAGCGCUCGGUGGCCAACUGCCCAAAAACGACCAUCUCGAAGGAGCAAACAGAACUUCUGCGCCAAACAUCAGCCUAA